GCCUCAGAGUCAUGAAUGAAUCAGAAUUACGAUUUCAAUUUGAUAUUGGCAAAGCUCUGCAUCUCAAUUCCCAAAUGAAAGAAAGCUAUAUUUAAUCUUUAGUCAGCGGGAAGAGACUGACCCGCUCACUUUUUUCACUAACAAGAUUCAGAGCAGACUUUUCCUUUUCUUAUUUAUUACACACCACACCACACCACCAACCCUUUUAAUUCAUUUCUGGAUUUAGUUUUUGAGUCUAAGGGUAUCAACUUUAGAUACCAACUUUUUUACCGUCUCUUCACUAUUAGAGAGUUGUAACCCACCAAUAUAAGUGUAUUAGUCAAGUCCUUGUUCAAUUAGAAAAUGGGGACUUCUCCUGGGAAGAAGGUUUUGCUCACCUCCAAUGGGGAUGACAUUUCACACAAUAUUGCCUUCUCUUUGGCCCAGCGGGGAUGCAGGCUGGUCUUGAUGGGAAAGGAGAGCUGUCUGCGGAGCAUUCAACAGAAAAUAAAGGGCUCAUUGGAGGGUGUCGUGCCAGUUGAGGUGGUUGAUGUAGACAUGGAGGACGAGAGAGAAGGAGCUUUUGAUGAGGCAGUGGAUAAGGCAUGCCACAUUUUGGGCAAUUUGGAUGCCUUUGUGCAUUGCUAUACUUAUGAAGGGAAAAUGCAGGAGCAUCUAGAAUUAGCUGAAGAUGAGUUUAAAAAGAUAAUGAAGAGGAACUUUAUGUCUGCAUGGUUUCUGUUAAAUGCUGUUGGCAGAAGAAUGCGAGAUUAUAAGUCAGGAGGUUCCAUCAUAUUUUUGACCUCGAUAAUUGGAGCUGAAAGAGGGAUUUAUCCAGGAGCUGCUGCCUACAGUGCAUGCUCGGCAGCCGUGCAGCAGUUAGCUAGGACAUCGGCUUUGGAGAUUGGUAGAUACCAGAUUAGGGUCAAUGCAAUUGCCCGUGGUUUGCACCUAGAAGAUGAAUAUCCAAUGUUUGUGGGUAUGGAGAGAGCAAAGAAGUUGGUGAAGGAGGCAGCUCCAUUGGAGAGAUGGCUUGAUGUUAAAAACGAUCUGGCUUCAACUGUCAUAUAUUUAAUCAGUGAUGGGUCAAAGUACAUGACAGGCACAACCAUAUUUGUUGAUGGGGCACAGUCUCUGAUGAGACCUCGGAUGCGCUCGUAUAUGUGAUUCUUCUCGCUGUUAUAUUUUGCCCGGCCAUUAGUUGAUUAGGUCUGCUCAUAGGUCGAUUAGCCGAUUAUGUUUCAGAUCGAUUCCAUUUUACUCAGUAUAACAGGGUCCACAGUAAAAGUGUUGAUCCUGCAUUCAAUCAAGUGCAGGAAUUGAAUGAGCACAUCAUUUCAGAUAAACUUUUAUUGUCAAAUUCUCUUCCUUAUGAAUCACAAAAAUUGAAUCAGUUCCCUUGCAAAAAA